GUUUAUAAGUUGGACAUGUGUCUUUGCGAGACCGCGAGUCGAGGCUGAGCAGGGUUUGGUGGACCAGCGAUGGCCGGGAAGAAUGUGUGCGUGUCCGACUUUGAGGCGGAAGCCAAGAAGGUUCUUCCUAAGGCCGUCUACGACUACUACCGCUCUGGAGCUGAGGAGGAAACCACGCUGGCUGACAAUGUUGCUGCAUUUAAGAGGUGGCGCCUGAUCCCCCGGGUGUUGAGGGACGUGUCCUCGGUGGACCUGUGUGUGUCUGUGCUGGGACACCAGCUCACCAUGCCGCUGUGUGUGGCAGCCACCGCCAUGCAGAGGAUGGCUCACCCCCAUGGAGAGACAGCUACUGCAAGAGCAUGCCAAGCAAUGGGCACGGGGAUGAUGGUGAGCUCGUGGGCCACCUCCACUAUAGAGGAAGUGAUGUCAGCGAUGACGACCUCCCCUGGUGCCGGGGGCGUUCUGUGGCUGCAGCUCUACAUCUACAAGGACCGGCAGCUCACGCUCUCGCUGGUUCGCCGGGCGGAGCAGGCGGGCUAUAAGGCCAUCUUUGUUACCGUGGAUACGCCGUACUUGGGGAGGAGACUAGAUGACAUGCGGAACUGCUUUAAACUGCCUUCGCAUCUGAGCUUGUCCAACUUCUCCACAGCCUCCUUGUCUUUCUCUGAGGGUGACUAUGGGAGUGACAGUGGUUUGGCUGUGUACGUCGCAAAAGCAAUAGAUCCCACUCUCUGCUGGGAUGACAUUAACUGGCUCAAGAAACACACACACCUGCCAGUGAUUGUGAAAGGAAUCAUCACUGGGGAAGAUGCCGCACAAGCAGUGAAGCAUGGCGUCGAUGGCAUCUUGGUGUCCAACCAUGGUGCACGGCAACUGGAUGGGGUUUCGGCCACGCUGGAUGUGUUGGAAGAGGUUUCGGAAGCAGUGCAAGGACGCUGCGACGUCUACCUGGAUGGCGGAGUGAGGCGAGGGACGGAUGUCAUAAAAGCGCUCGCUUUGGGAGCAAAGGCGGUUUUCAUCGGCCGCCCUGUGCUGUGGGGCCUCGCCUGUGAGGGUGAACAAGGUGUUAUUCAGGUCCUGCAGCUUCUCAAAGACGAGCUGACACUAGCUAUGGCCUUAGCAGGUUGUAGGUCCUUAUCGGAGGUGAGCAGGUCUCUGGUCAGAAGAGCGGAGGUCACAUCCAGAAUAUAACAUGGAUCACCACACCAAUAACUUCUAAGGGCUUCGAAUUGCAUCAUUAUUACAUGUUAUACAGUUGUUAUAGUUGGCAUUAUUCUUUUAAUCAAACAUCAUUGAAUGUACAUCUGAACUUCUUGACAUAUAAGAACUCAGCUUUGAAUUGGUCACUCAGCAGCAUUGUGACCAAAAAAAUACAGUUUCAGAACAAACGUUUGAUUUAAGUGAAUUGAGCAAGUAUAAUAGGAUAUUCCAUCUUACACUUGAUAUUGUAUAUUUCUUUGGAUAAACUAGACAGCGACAAGGUGGACAUUUGUACAUUCAAAAUGGCCGUUUGUGUGAGCCGUUCAAUUAAUAAAUCAAAAGUAAACUACAGUAAAGCCUGAUUAUGUUGAUGCCCCUCAGACUGGCUGACAGACAAUAUAGGCAGUUGUUGACAUAACCAAAAUCAAACCUAGCCAAUAAUUUGUGGCUUUAGACAGAGACAUCAAGAGAAUGGAUGGUAAUAAAGGAUUUUUUUUACCUAUCUAUUUUUAUGUUUUCAUUUGCAGCACCAAGUUGGUAUUAUGUCUUGAAGACAUUGACAGUCAAACAUUUGUACAUGCACACAUCUUUUUUGUUAGUAAAGUGAAAAUGUUUUGUUUUUUUAUAGGUUCAUUUUGCUAGUGGCUGUGGUAAAAUCGAGGUUAAUACUACCAUGCUUUUAUUGUGAAGCCUGUUUUGCACCAAAAAGGAAGUCAUCGUGUACAUGUUUUAAUGUUGGGUAAGAGACAGUAGUUAUGUUGCUAUUGUUGUUUUACACUGCUUAGUGACAAUGAUAAAGUGUCAAUGCAGUACGACACGUUAACAUAAACAUUGUCAUGAUCUGUGGUCUGGAUCAUGUUGUCUGUUAUUUUCUGUUAGUUUUGGACUCUUUUAGUUCCCUGUUUAUGCUCCCUUGUUUAAUUACCAUGGCGACUCAUUAGUUUCACCUGCAUCAUGUGUUUGGAUCACGCACCUGCUCUAAUCAGAGACUAUUAUUUAAGCCUGUUUUUGCCAGUUAGUCGGCCUGGCGACAUUACUCUGUAUUUGUUCUGUACUGAUUGUUUCAUGCUCCUUUCAUGCCACAGGUUCAUGCAUUUUUUCACCAUAGUUCAUGUUGUUCGCUUCAUGCCGUGUCCAAGUAAGUUUUGCUUGUUCCACGCCAUUGUUUAUGCUGUUUGUUUCAUGCCACAAGUUUUGUGUUUGUUCCACGGAAGCUGCGACCCCCCACAGUCGUGACAAACAUGACCAAUUUUGCUUGUAAAUCUUUUGUCGCCAAAAGCUAACGGCUAUAUCGAAGUCGACUUAAGCGGGUACUUUUGAGUAACAAAAAAACAGUGGAAAAGGACUUGAUGAAUUGGUCAACUGUACUGAUGUUAAUACAUAAUUAUUUUUGCAUAUCCAUAAAAUACCAAAAUGGAGAUGGCGAUCACAAUGUUCAAACAUGUGAAUUGAGCUUUGAUAUCUAUGUCGUCAGUUUGAGUAGCUGGAAGAAGGGCACUGUUUGAUUUCCAGUUUAUUACACGACUAAACCACAUAUUGAUACAUAGGAGACAGUCUAAGAACUAAUGUAAUGUUUGCCAGCAGUUGAGCGUAGUUUGUCAUAAUGCUCAUGGUCAGCCAUCUAUCACAGAGAAAAUGGUCUGGAAGGCGUAAGUGUCUAAUGUGUACGUUUCCACGUACUUUAAGACUACCACUUACGUAUGCGCAUGUUCUGAAUCAAAACACUGGGAUACAGUUAAAUAUCAAUGUAAGACUUUGCCCUUAUGUGGUUCGGACACUGGUUCACCAGGACUGGACCCUACACACACAUCUGCACGUUUCUAAGAAAUAGGGAUUGGGAGAGCGGUGACAAAGCCAAUCUAGUGUUUGGCUUAAUUUCAGGUAGCAGGCGUUAGUAGGCUUCUUUGGUUUUCUACUUCUCAUCGGUGGACAUGUCUCCAACGGGGACACAGGCGUCAGAUAGGAUGGAUAAUGACGUGGAUGAAGCUAUUGGGUCCGUUAGCCCCUGGACUCCAGAGAACUGCAGGAAGACAGAGACAGAAUGAUUCAUUAUUAAAUUACUAUAUUAUAUGAUUUAUGUAAAUUCAGAGUUUUUGAAGGCAUCAGCAAUUCUGAUUUAAUGCUCAUUAAUGCCUUUUAUAAUGCCACUUAAAACAAAUUUAUUGCCCAAGUCCUACUCCAGAUAGUUAUUAUAUAUGAUCAAAAGCUAACAAUUGUCUGUAUGGACAACAUCGUUAGCAUUAGACAAUGAUAAUUUUGAAUAGUUGAAACGUUUACAUUAACUGUUACUCUGUAGUGCAGUGUCACCAACCUUUUCUAGCCCAAGAUCCCUGUUCUCAAGAUCUACCCCUGCGUCAACAAUGCUAUAUUUAUAUAAUUUUGUUUGUUUUUGAAAGACAAAGCUUUUUGUAGUUUUUAUUGGCUGAUGUCAACAUUUUUGCUUUUUCUCAUUGUGUUUCUUGCUGCUUGUUUUCCAACUUUUGACAGUAUUUUUUGUUUUUUGUAAUGUGCUUAGGACCAAUGACAAAUGAGUCACAGGCCCCUGUGCCACAGUCACUGAUAUUAGUUUUUUUUUCUUAAUAUUUUCGCGAUCAACUGGUAGGGCCCAAAGAUUGACUGGCUGAUUGCGAUCGACGGGUUGGAGACUCCUGCUCUAGUACAUUACAAUACACUCACAAGACUGUUUAAUGUGAUUUUUUUCCUCCUGUUUUCAUUUAUUUUAUACAGAAAAGUUACUUUGUUGGUCAUGCCAAAGAAAUGUCGCACUGUGAACUGCUGCCUGCUCUUAAUGGGUGAUUUGUCAUCAGCUAAUAGUAUUUCUGAUUUCACUGCAUUGAUGCCCAUUCAGCAAAGUUUGGAAGUCUUUUCGCAUAAGCUGCAGAGCGCUUCUCUGGGUUUACUAAUGAUGACGAAGAAAAGAAAAAGCUCAGGAAAACGCCCCUCGCCCUAAAAGACAAAAUAAAACAAUUUUUAUCUAAAUCUAAAAAAACUGUAAUAUGAUGCUUUUGGGUUUUUUUGUAUUUUAUUUUGUUAUCCCUUGCACAAGUUUCAUGUUUCUUAUGUUUCUUAAUUCCCUCUGGUAGUUUUGUUUGAAUUUAUUAAUGUGUGAAAUUUAUAGAGAAAUAUAAUUUAUAUGUGCAUAUUUUGAAAAUAAUUAUAUAAACAUGUUUACUUGUAUGUU